AUGGCGCACCUGGACGAUCCGGAGUUCGAGCACGGCGCGUUCGAUGCGCUCGUGGAGGGGUUCGCGACGUACGAGGACUACCUAGACAGCCAGAUCACCGCGACGGACCUGUUCUACCUCGACGAUGUCGAGCUGGCGAGGCAGCUUGUUGAACUGGGGUACCGCGGCAACGGCGAGGUGCUCUCGCGCGAGGAGUUCGUGUCCCGGAAAGAAGCCGCCGAGCUCGCGAAGAAGGAACGCUACUCCAGACGGCCACGCAUCCUGGUGAGCGCGGGAAAGGACGUGGAGCACUCGCCUCUGCUCAAGGCGCUCUCGGUGCGCGAGGAGGCCGUUCUGAACGGGAAGCUCGCGACGAUCAUCUUCGUGCGCGACCGGAACUCGCGCGGGCAGGAGGUGUCCGGGUACAUCGACUUCGGCCACCGCCUGCGCACGGAGAACCUCGAGCCGGUGUUUCUGGGGCGGCGGCGGCUGAUGCCUAAGGCGUCCGACCUGAGCUACUACAACUGGGAGACGAAGAUGAGCGCGUUCAACCACACGCCGAACUUCCUCGUCAUCGCGGACCCCGAGCUCGGCCUGCUGUUCAAGAACAAGCGCGACCGCAAAGUGAUCAACGUCGACCCGCGCAGCACGCCCGGGGACAACUCGUGCCGCGUGGAGCUCGAGGGGGGCGAGUACACGCAGGUCGUGAUCUACGACCACAUCACGCGGCGCCGCGGAUGA